AUGCGGGCCUUGGCCGGGACGCUGCUGACCUGCGAUGUGGCCGUCAAGCAGAUGAUCUUGGCCAUCGACGAGCGCAUGCCCUGCAUCAUUAUGGACCUGGACGACACGCACAUGCUCGUGAACAGCAAAAUGGUCGAGCAGCUGCGGACGAUGCUCGAGGCCGAGUUUGAGAAAAACACCUAUACCCUAGAUAUCUAA